AUGGCUACAAGUGGUGGAGAAGAAGCGAUAGCACAGCGUAUUUUACGCAUUACAGACAUUGCUCAGGAGCCGCUUGAAUUUAUCACACCCAUUGGUGGCUAUGAAGAAAUGCCACUUGUUCCACUGGAAACAGCUGUUGAACCGCUUGUUCCUAUUCUACCAGCUGUUCAAAGUCAUGCAUAUGUUGCCAAACAAAGAUGUGAGAAUCCUGACGAUGGAUUGACACAAGAUGAAUCCGCCUCGAUUAUGCUAUACACGAUGAGCUGGAGGCCGCUCAGUAAAUGCUUAUAUUUUGUUUUGAAUGAUACGUUGCGAUCAUCAGAUCGACAACAAAAGCUCGAACCAUGGUAUUUGUUUAUGAGACUCUUUCUUAGUGCACUUUUUCGUCUCCCGUCGAUUCCUACAACUGCAUACAGAGGUGUUAAAUUAGACUUGAGCGAACGUUACGUCAAAGGAAAAACAAUUGUCUGGUGGGGUUUCUCAUCGUGCACAACAGCUGUUGAUGUUCUAAAUUCAAAACUAUUUUUGGGAACGACAGGUGACAGAACGAUGUUUACCUUAAAAUGUCAAUCUGCUAAAGAUAUUCGCAAGCAUUCGUAUUAUCCAGCCGAAAAUGAAGUACUUCUUAUGGCUGCUACUCAAUUCAAAGUAAUUGGUUGUCUUAAUCAAGGUGAUCUUCAUAUUAUUCAGUUGGAAGAGACUCGUCCACCGUUUCCACUUAUGCAACCAGUACCAGUUAUUAUCUCCCCACCGAUCGAUCCAACUUCUUUAGGUAAGUGAAAAUGAAAACGAAAGAAUAUUCCACUUGAUAAAUAAUAACUCAGCUUUCGAUACCCUGAAAAAAGUCAAGAAUAAUAUGCUUCGAUCAAUGUACGUAUCAUACAAAAUGAGCACAAAGAAUCGAUUUCCUACCGAUUUAAAAAGCGUUCACAAACAAAAAGAAAAUAGAGUUAGUUUAAAAGAACAGAAAGAAAGACUUUUCAUGAUAAUCUUCGAUUUCUUACAUAGUUUAAGUAAUCAAUUAAGAUCCUGAUCAGUUUCAAUUACUUUUUUCUUCAUCUAUUAAUAUCUAAUUUCUUUCGUGAAAUCUAAAGACGUGAUUCAAGUUGAUUUGUUUUCUAAAUCCACAAGUAUCACUGGAAAUACUUUCUUCAGGAGAUGCUUUCUUCUCCUAUACUACCAGCCCAAAGAGUCGUAGAUAUUGGGUAGAUGUAAUGAUAAUUUUUCCUACAACUCUUAUCUCAGAAUUGUUUGACACAUGUUGCUUUUAAACUCAUAGUCUUCAUCUACUUUUAUAAUUUUCAAUAAAUUUUGAUUGAAUAACACUCCUAUUGAUAUAAUUAUAGUUUCCAU